UUUUGGUAAAUUUGUAAAUUUUGUAGCAGCGGAAAAUUAAGGAUACCAAAAUAGCAGGCAGCUAAAGGGGAGAGGGGGGAGGAAGAUGGACAGGUUGAUAAGUCUGGAGCCGUCGAACGAGGUGUUGAUUCGGGUGGAGGCGGGGCGGCGGUGCAGCGGGGAGCUGACGCUGCGCAACGUCAUGCACACGAUGCCGGUGGCCUUCCGCCUGCAGCCGCUCAACCGCUCCCGCUUCGCCGUCCGCCCGCAGUCCGGCGUCAUCCCCCCGCUCGGCGCCGUCGCCGUCGAGGUCGCCUACCUCCUCCCCCUCGAUUCCCCGCUCCCGGACUCCCUCCCCUUCUCCCCCGACUCCUUCCUCCUCCACAGCGUCGUCGUCCCCGGCGCCGCCAGGGGCCUCGCCGUCGACGCCGUCCCCCCCGACUGGUUCGCCGCCAAGAAGAAGCAGGUCUUCGUCGACAGCGGCGUCAGGGCCGUGUUCGUCGGCUCGGCCGUGCUCGCCCGCCUCGUCGCCGACGGGUCGAUGGACGCCGUCCGCGCCGUGCUGGAGCGGAGCGACCCGGAGUGGCGGCCGGCCGACGCCGUCGACGCGUCCGGCGUCAGCCUGCUGCACUCGGCCAUCGCGCAGGGGCGGCCGGACCUGGUCCAGCUGCUGCUGGAGUUCGGCGCCGACGUCGAGCCCCCGGGCCGCGGGCCGACGACGCCGCUCGAGGCGGCGGCCGCGGCGGGGGAGGCGCUGAUCGCGGAGCUGCUCCUGGCGCGGGGCGCGCAGCCGCGGCGCGGGGCCGGGUCGGCGGCGGGGCCGGUGCACGCGGCGGCGGCGGGCGGGCACGCGGGCGCGCUGCGGCUGCUGCUGGCGAAGGGGGCGGCGCCGGACGAGGCGGCGGCGGACGGGCGGACGGCGCUGAUGGCGGCGGCUGAGCGGGGGCGGAGGGAGGCGGCGCGGCUGCUGCCUGGGCGGCGGGGCGAGGGCGGAGGCGCGGGGCGGGCGGCCGGCGGACGGCGGUGCACGCGGCGGCGCGGCCGGGACGAGGCGAUGGUGCGGAUACUUGUCGGGAAGGGCGCGGCGGGGGCGAAGGCGGUGCGGGACGCGCGGGGCGGACGCGCUGGAGGUGGCGGCGAGGGGGGCACUCGGCAGGCUGCUGGACGUGCUGGGGCUGCGGGACGGGCUCUGGCGGCGGCGAGGAAGGGGAGAGGGAGAGGCGCGGAGCGGGCGGUGGACGGCGGGGCGGCGGUCGACGGGCGGGACGGGCGGUGGACGGCGCUGAUGCGCGCGGCGUUCAAGGGGCGGGCGAGGGUCGCGCGGGAGCUGGCGGAUCGCGGGGCGGAGAUCGAGGCGCGGGACGAGGAGGGGUACACGGCGCUGCACUGCGCCGUGGAGGCAGGCCACUCCAAGGUGGUGGAGCUGCUGCUGAAGCGCGGGGCCGACGUGGGGGCGCGCACCGCCAAGGGGGCGACGCCGAUGCAGAUGGCGGCAGCGUUCGGCUACGCUUGGAUCGCCAAGGCGCUGGCGCAGGCCGGGGCCAAAGAGGAGGAGGAGGACAAUGAGGCGGCGGCGACUGCAAAGGCGAAGGGAGGUGUUGAUAAGGAGGCGUUCGGAAGGGCGGGAAGUGGGGGUGUGAGAAAGGAGCGGUUUGAAAGGAUCACAACGGCGGCAUACUACUCCCACUAA